AUGGACGUUCUGCAUGUAAACAAAACACGUGAAUGUAAACAAACUUGCUUAUAGAAAACAAACGUGUUUAAAGAAACGUUGUAUCGCUUCGUUGGUGAUUGAUAUUGAUAUUGGUCCUCCUCAUGAUUCUCUCUUCUGCGUCUUCUUCUUUUUCAUUACACUUGGAUGUUUCACUGUGCACGGAACUGUGUUUUCCAUACUCUUUGCUUACACAGUCUUUUUACUUCUUUCAAUAUACGUAUAAUAAACAUGGGCAAAGUAAUGCGCUCUGUUGCAAACCAAGAUGUAAACAAACUGCCUCGCGCCCAAACUUGAAGGGCAGGAUUUCGUAACCAGCAGUCGCCCAAUUACCUGUAUUGAAGAAGAGAAGAAGGCUCGUUACGUGUAUUGAAGAAGAAGAAGACUAUAUAGUUACGUGUAUUGAAGAAGAAGAAGACUAUAUAGUUACGUGUAUUGAAGAAGAAGAAGACUAUAUAGUUACGUGUAUAGAAGAAGAAAAUACCUAACCUAAGGCCUAACCAGCCCCUAACACUGAAGAAGACUAUAUAGUUACCUGUGCUGAUGAAAAAAGACAACUAGUUACGUGUAUAUAAAGAAGAAGAAGACUAGUUACAAGUGCUGUGUCCUUGUGUGUGAUGCCGGCAGGAUGGUGGAGGGCCCGGGCUGCAAGAUUAACGGCGAGAAGCUGAAGAAGAGAGCGGUGGGCCAGACAGUGGCGGGCGUGGCCGGGGCAGUGGUGAAGAAGAGCAUACAACAAAGCCGUGAUGGAGCCUCGGAGUAUGACAGCUUCUAUGGGCAGAAAAUUACAGAUGUUAAGACACUUGGCAAGGAGCUGUUUAUGUUCCUGGAGUGUGAGCUGUGUCUGAGGGUGCACUUCCUCAUGAACGGCAGCCUUCGGUUCAAUGAUGAGCCGGUGUGGCCAAACAACAAGAGAGACGCAGCAGUGCUCAGGUUAACCCUCACCACUGAUACCAUCUACUUCUUUGACACUGCAAUUGACACGAGAUCCUCCUCUGAGAGCCAACAGAAGCACCGUGACCUCAUUGACCUGGACAUCUGCUCCCCGACCUUUGAUUUCCAGCGGGCCGUUCGCACCAUCAGGGAACAUCCAAGUCGGGUCAUAAGUGACGUCAUACUGGAUCAGCUGGUGUUGCCGGGUGUGGGGAACAUUAUAAAGAAUGAGGCUCUCUUCAAUGCUGGCAUAAACCCAAACAGCAAGGUGGAGGAGCUGAGUGAAGAGCUCGUCUCCCUCCUGGUCAAGACAAACAGAGAUUUCACCAAGAUAUUUUAUGAGUGUCGGAGGGGUGGGGGAGACCUGCGCAAGCACAUGAAGGUGUACAAGAAAAGUGAGUGCCAGGAGUGUGGGAGGAAGCUAAUGCAGUGCAGGAUCGGGGAGAACGAGAGGCUCACUUUCUUCUGUGCCUCCUGUCAGACCAACACCUUGAGGCUGCCCAGCAAGAACUCCCUUCUGGGCUGGGUCUACAAUGUCAAAGAUGGUUGGACUUGUGCCAUCUGUACGCUAGAGAACAAGGGCGGAGUCAGUCGGUGCAGCGCUUGCCUCACCCCUCGGCCACAGACUCAGGGGCCUAACGUGUCUGCCCGGGUCCUCGCCGCUACCGCAUCCCCAGUCAGAGGCAACAAGAGGAAGUUUGAAGGUGGAGGAGGAGAUGCUCACAGUGCUAAAAGGUCAGCCAGUGUGUUUGGGCAUGGCAGUCACCUCGCUGGGACUCACGCCUCCCCUGCCUCGCCAGCCCCCAAGCGUGCGUCUGCCCCAGCCACUCCCCAGGGCAGUGAAGGGCCCAGAGUUGUGUUGUGCGCUGGUCACAAGGCAGCCGCCACACAGCGCACAGUGAUCAAGGAAGGCGACAACAAGGGCAGAAUAUUCUAUGCCUGCAGCAAGCCAGCCAGACAGCAAUGCCAGUUUUUCAUGUGGGCCGACGACCACCACCCCAAGUGUCACCACGGCAAGGUGUCCAUCGUGCGCACGGUGCUGAAGCAGAACGCCAACAAUGGGCGCACCUUUUACUGCUGCCCCCAACCCAAGAACAAGCAGUGCGACUUCUUCCAGUGGGUUGAAGGAUGAGUGAACAGAAGGGCAGGGUGUGUGUGUGUGUGUGUUCUUAUUGCUCUAUCAAAUUUUAUAAUUCCUACCUAAUUCCUGUAUAAUAUCAAACAGUUACCAAAAUUUUUGUAUGCUUUUUUUACAAAUGACUUUAUGUGGUAAGGGAUUCCAUGUAUAAGUUCAUGUUUCUGUGUGUGUGUGUGUGGGGGGGGGGGGGG